AUGGAACAGGUCUUUGAGUACCAUCCAGUGCAGAUGGCGUUCAUGACCUUCAACGUUAAAGAGAAGGAUCCGAACCAGCUGGCAGCCAAGGAGAUCGCUAAGGUCAUGGUCGGAAGCCGCGUGGUGGUGCUGGGCUUCCAGGAGAUCGACAUGUCAAUCUCCGCGAAUAUUAAGAAGUCGAAGCGCAUCACGAAGUGGGAGGAUCUUCUAGACGCUGAGUUUGUCCGCGGAGGCACCAAGUCCUCCAACUCUCUCAAGUAUAUGAAGCUUGCCUCUCACUUCAUGAUGGGUAUUGUGAUACUCAUGUACAUAGAUGUGCAGUUAUUGCCCCAGAUGCACGACAUCGAGGCGACGACGGUCUCGAUGGGGGUGGGAAAAAUCUUCGGUAACAAGGGUGGUGUUGCGGUCUCUUUCUGCAUCAACAGCACAUCCUAUUUGAUCUUAAAUUGUCAUCUUCUGCACGGUGAAACAGAGGAGGACCUUGAAAAGCGGGACAAGCAGCUGAUUAGUCUCUUCCACCACUCCUCUGUGACCCUGUGUACUGUGAAGAAGCAGGAUGGGUCGACAGAUGAGCAGAACUUCAUGGCUGCAGACCAGUUCAAUGAGGCACGUGACCUCCGCUUUGCAAGCUUCCUCCCCAUGGAUAGGAGUGCUCUUCACCGCAGAAACCAAGAGAACUUACCGAUCUUCGAGUGCUACGAUUAUAUAAUUCUGCUUGGUGACCUCAACUAUCGCAUAGAUAAGGCUACGAAAGAAGACCAACUCAAGAUUAGGAUGGAUUCGGAUGCAUUCAUUCUCAACAGUAACUCGUUUGAAGAAGAAAAGAUUGUCUUCCCGCCAUCCUACAAGUAUGGAAAGGGAGGCUCGCUAGUUUUAGACAGAGAGCCCUCCUGGACAGAUCGCAUCCUCAUCUCCAGAAAAUACAAUCAAGGCGAUAAUCUGAAGCUCAAUUAUAUUAAAUACUCAUCUCUUCAGGACCUGAUGCUUUCUGACCACAAAGCUGUAUACCAGGUUGCCGAGCUAUGCUAUAGAGCCGUUGUCGAUGAACGUAUCGGAGACUGUCUAAAGCAGUAUUGUGGCACAUGGGACCAGAGGACGCGCGAGAUGAACCCGCAGUUGAGGUACCUGGACCAGCCCCAGACCGUACACCGUGUUCUUCCGUCCAAGUCGAAGCUGAAUCGCAUCACUUUGAACUUUGAACUGGUGUGUUCCAAGUCCUUAAUUAAGCAUCUUGUGUUUGAGGUGAGCGGACUCGAUGACUUCUUGUUCACAAAUAAGGUGGUGUCCAAGACGCAUGCCUCUGUGACGGAGAUCGUCUCCUAUUUGGAUGCAGACCACCAGAUGCCCGAUAUAAAGCGGUCUCCCACAGGAAUUAUUCUCAGCACUUACGCUCUUACCCUCGAUAUAGACCUGGACAUCCCCGCGCUCCUCCCUUACGCACAGCGGGUAUACUCAUCUCCACGACUCAGAGACCUUCUCGACAAACAGCUGUCCAUCCCAUUGUUGGUCACCGUUACACCCAAUAGCGACGCCAUUUGUCUCUACAAAGACACGACCAUCCCGUUCUUUGUCAAGAUCGCUGACCACGUUGGGUUGUACCGAGAUGAUCUCAUGGGCCUCAUGAAUCUUUCUCUCUCGUCGAUCAAUGCAUCUACUCUGGAGAUUGUGGGCGAGUCUUCUUCUGCUGCCACCACCAUGGCAGACAGUAGCAUAGAGUCUGUCGAAAAUAAGGACCCGUCUGUUUUGCCCCUUCUUGUGAAGCUAUGUCGCACGAAUCCGGAUAUCAACGAUCUUAGGUUGUUGGUGGACUUCUUGAGCUAUGGUAUCUUUGCAUUAGAUUGCAAAGACGGAGUUGUCAAUCUUCUGGCCUCCAAGGAUCCGGACGCAGAUCCCGCCUCCCUCCAGUCCUCUAUUUUAUCUCAUCUUUCCCAGCGCCUCAAGGCAAUCCAAACGGGGUCUGAGCGCGAUGUCAUAAUGUAUAGGAACAUUCGCUUUACACUCUCCUAUAUGCGAUUCCUCAGAGACAGAAACGACCAGCUCUAUCGAGCAGCAGCUCCUGCGGUUCUUUCCUCGCUAUUUACUUUAGAAAGGGGAACUCUAGCAUGGACAGAUGCACUGGAAUCACUGCUUCAGUGA